AUGUUUGAAUCACUUGUUGCCAAUCUAAUCAAUAGAUUUCUCGGAUCAUACAUCGAGAAUUUUGAUCCCAAGCAACUAAACAUUGGCAUUUGGAGUGGUGAUGUUAAACUCAGGAAUUUGAGAUUGAAGAAAGAAAGUCUUGAUGAGUUCAAGUUACCAAUUGAUGUCAAAUUUGGACACUUGGGAGAGCUUACGUUGCAAAUUCCAUGGUCUAAUUUAAAGUCGAAACCAGUACGAAUCAUCAUUGAAGAUCUAUAUGUGUUAGCUUCUCCUAUCAUUUUACAAGACUAUGACGAAGAAGAAGACGAAAAAAGGCAACAGGCUUUGAAGGAAUCUAAAUUGAAAGAUUUGGAGGCUAUUCUUGAAGCAAAAGGAGAAGAAUUAGGUCGUGACCUCGCCGAUGAAACUUUCGCUGAAUCUUUAGUCAAGAAGAUUGUUGACAAUCUUCAAGUUACAAUUAAAAAGAUACAUUUAAGGUACGAGGACCAAUCUGUUUUGACGGAAAAACCAUACACGUUGGGAUUGUCACUAGAUGAAUUAUCAGCAGUCUCAACGGAUGAAAAUUGGAAACCUUCAUUCAUUGCAAUCACGCAAGCAUUCACUAGAAAGCUACUUACUUUGAAAAGCUUAUACUGCUACAUGGAAACCAAAGAUCCACAAUUGUAUUCAGAUCUCGAUAAGGAAGGGCAAUUGCAAGAAUUUGAAGCUCAAAACGAUCACCAGGAGUAUUUGAUGAAGCCAGUCAGUGGUACUGGUAAACUCACUAUCCACAAACUUGGGACAACAAGGGAGCAUCCACACUUGGAUACAGAGCUUUUCUUUGAGGAGUUUGGCCUAGAAAUUAAUGAACAACAGUAUGAAGAUAUUUUAUGGACAGCAUCGAAAUUUCGCUGGUACUCCAAAACGGCCAAAUUUCGUAAGUAUAGACCAAAAGUGCCACCUAGUGAGGAUCCCAAAGCAUGGUUUAAAUAUGCAGCUGAAUGUGUUUUGAAUGAAAUUCAUGAAAAGAAUUCCAAAUGGAGCUGGGAUCAUUUCGCAAAAAGAAGAGACGAAAGAAAGGAGUACAUUCAAUUGUGGAAGUUGAAAUUGGAAAAAAAGAUUGGCGAAGAUGAACAAAAACAGCUUCAAAAUCUUGAAGAGACUCUUUCUUUUGAUGAUAUCAAGUUGUAUCGUUCGCUUGCUAGAAAUGAGCUUAGAAAAGAAGGAAGUAAUGCAAAGCUCUACGAUACCGAUUCGGCUGAGAAGGGAGAACAACAGAAGAAAGGAUGGUUUUCUGGUUGGUGGGGAGGUGGAAAUGCAACCUCGCAAAAAGACGAACAACAGAAAACUAUGGGUGCAGACGGAGAGCACAUUGAUCUUUCUUUAACCGAUGACCAAAGAAAAACGCUUUAUGAUACGAUUGAUUACGACGAAGAAGCUGAAAUUUCCACAGUGGACCUUCCAGAUGAUUGUGUAAAACUUCGUGUUUCGGCCUCUUUGAAAAAGGGAGGAUUGGUUGUGAGACGCAGUGAUUUGACAAAUUUGGCCGAUGUCGCAUUUGAAGGUUGCCAAGCGCAUUUCUAUCAAAGACCAAAUUCCUUUCUUGGUGGAUUUCAAGUGCUUGAGUUUAAAGUUGAGGAUGGAACUGGUUCUAGUGUUUACAAUCACGUUGUUAGUGUCAAGCAAACCAUCCCAAAUGCAGGACAAGAUCAGAACGACCUUUCCACACCAUUUUUCCAGAUCCAGUAUGAACAGAAUCCUCUUGAUGGCUCUGCAGAUUCAAAGUUGCUUGGCUCAUUGAAAUCUAUGACUAUCUUUUACAAUCCAAAGUUCAUUGAAGAAUUGAUUCGUUUCUUUACACCCCCCAAAAUUCACUUAGACACUGUCGGGGCCAUAAUGAAUGCGGCAGAAUCCACAGUUGAAGGGUUGACUUCGCAAACUAGAAUGGGACUUGAGUAUGCGCUUGAAGAACAUAAAACAAUCAAUGUAAACAUGGAUUUGCAAACACCAUUGUUGAUCAUGCCAUUAGAUCCGUCUAGUUACAAAUCACCUGUAGCUAUAUUAGAUGCAGGUCACAUAAACAUUGUGAGCGACUUAGUUGAGAAAAACAAGAUCAAGGAGUACAAAGAUAAGGAGAAAUAUACCAAAGAUGAUUGGAAAAAUCUCAAUGAGCUAUUAUACGAUCAAUUCAAGUUUAGUUUAGAAGAUGCUCAGUUCUUUGUGGGGCAUACUAUAAAGUCCACUAUGGAGCAGCUUUACUCCCAUGAUAAGCCAAGACCGGCGUUGAUGCUCGAUAAUUUCAGUGUCAAUUUCAAUCUUGGACUAUCAAUUUUGCCAGAUGCACAAAAUUUGGCAAAGAUGAGAUUGGGUGGAAAUGUGCCGAAGCUUCAGGUGGCGAUGAAUGAUUUUCAGUACAAGACUAUACUCAGUAUACUUGAUGCAGCAAUUCCCAACACAAGUUUUGAUUCAUCGGAUGAGUCAAGUGUUUUUGAAGCAUACGGUAAUGAUAACCCCGGCGACGGACUCGACAUCGAUGACAACCUGUUCAAGGAAAACACAAACAACAAAAGUGUACAAAAGCCUAGCAAUUCAGAGCAGCACUUGAUUGAGUUGAGUUUCAGUGUUGAUUUUAUCAAGCUACAUUUGUCAAGAUGUUUUGAUGGACGUACUUUAGAAGCCGAACCUUUGAUAGAGAUUGUGGGUAAUGCCUUGGAGAUGGACCUCUACAGAACUGAAACCGAUUUACACAUGAAUUUGGCGCUUUUGGAUUUCAACAUAUUGGAUCAUAUAGAAAAAUCGGGAAAGGAGGAGUUUCAGAAGCUCAUUACCUCAAAUACCGAAUCCGAUUCGACCAAAAAAUUGUUAAAUGUUGAAUAUAACAGAAGGUUAAGAAUUGUGGACUACAACAACAAAAAAAUUGAAGUGUUUGAUCAGGACAUUGAUCUUCAUCUUGCCACAGUGAAAUUCGUCAUCACCAGAAAAUCACUUUUGAGUAUCCUAACAUUCUGCUUGAAUACAUUUACUGAUCCCAAUCAAGAGCCAACACCAGCUGAUGAGUUGAACCAUAAUCCUGAAGAUGUGGAUGCCGCACCACAGAAAAUCAACAUGAAACUUGAUCUCGACAGUGUAAUCAUGGUGCUCAAUGAAGAUGGUGUCAAGUUGGCGACGUUUCUGUUGAAUGCCGCACAGAUUUCACUUUUGCUUUUACCAGAGGCAAUGGAUGUAUCGGGGAGCUUGGGCGCUUUGUCUCUAGUUGAUGAAUUAAAGUACAAUAAUGACGAUUCUCCACGCUACUUGCUACAAAUGGACGAAAAGGAUUUGGCAAACUUUAGAUACAAAACCUUUGAUAUGCACGGUGAAAGACCAUCAGAGCUUAAAUUUAAUGUGAGUGCUAUCGCAGUCAAUUUCGUUGAGAGCUCCAUUGGUAGAAUCGUUAGAUUUGGUAAUCAGUUUAUGCAAAUGAAGGCCAUUUAUGAUAGAACCCGAGAGGCAGCUAUAAACGAAGCUCCUCAGUUGCCAAACAAGUUAAAGUUUGAUAUCUUGAUUCAAGGUCCAAAAAUUACGUUCUUAGUUGAUGGCGUUGGAUCCAAUGAGAUUGUUGCCAAUUUGGGUGAAAUUUACGCACACAAUGAAUAUCAAAAAGCAUUGAAUGUGAUUUCUGUUGGUAUAAGAAAUGUUCAGCUUUUAUCCAACUUCAAAUUCAAGGAAGUACAACAAGACUUGAAAGUGAUUGAUGAUUUGGAUGUCUCGUUUGAUGUCAACUGGUCAGAAAACUACGUCAAAGAUACUUCGACAUUCGAAAUUACUGGGAAAAUGCCAGAGUUGGAUAUCCAUUUGACUGAACUACAAGUCAAGCUGUUAACAGAUAUAUCAAACUCAGUAGCUGCAGCAUUCACGAUAGGUGACGAUUCAUCCGACAUGGUGGAGAUUGAAGAGGAAGCUGCUUUUGCCAAUGCUGUUUUGAAGCACGAUACAAAAGUUCGCCAUGGAGACAAUAAUACCAAAGACAAUAAAGAGCCAGAGGCACCAUCAUUGGUGCUGGAAAUUCCAUCUGAUCAUCUGAUGGCCAAUAUCACAUUUGAACUCCCGCGUAUUUCGUUGUCUCUAUACAACAAUACUGCUGAUUUAAGUGAUAUAAAACAAGCCCAAUUAUCCAGUUUUUCACUCAAUGAGGCCAAAGUGAGUGUUGAUUUAAAACAGAAUACACUGCUCAAGGCUAAUUUGGCUAUAAAAUCUUUUGUUGUAGAGGACACCAGGCAGCACACGGAAAGCAAGUUUCCUGUGAUUAUACCAGCUGCCAAUGACGUUGACAAUCAAUUCCAGUUACAGGUAACUUCUGACAUUGUUGGCGAGAGCAAGACGCUUGCAAUGAUAUUGACUGUUGAGAAACCAAAAGCAAUUUUGGCACUUGACUAUUUGUUUGACUUGCAAGCAUUUAUUGACACCGCGAUUCCAUCAACUGAACCACCAGCUUCUGAUAAAAAUCAACUGCGAAAGUCAGUGUCACUGAUACCCGACAUAAGUGCCACUGCUGAAGAUAUUAAAACACAUUUCGGAUUUUCGGUGAAUAUAAUCAAACCAUCUAUAUUCCUUUUAGCUGAUGACACCAAAGCUGAUACUGAAGCAAUUGCCUUCAAAGUUGAGCAAAUUUCAAUUUCGAAGCAGAAUGUCGUAUCUUUGGCCACUAGCAAAGUUGGCUUGUACUUGACUCGAAUGGAUAAUCCCAAGAAUUCAAGAUACAGAAUAAUUGAUGAUUUUUCCAUUUCUUUUGCGUAUGAUGAUAGGAGAUCUUCACCAGGAAAGUAUUUGGACAACAUUCAAGCCUCCAUAGAUCCUUUGGUGUUAAGGGUGUCGGUGCGAGAUGUCAGAUUGGGAUUGGCCAUACUUCAGCGUGUAAAUGACUUGUAUGCAAAACAUCAGGGCAUUUUGAGUGCAAAGGAUAAAGACAAAAGGCUGCUAUUAGAGAGUAGUGAUGAUGACUCACUGUCAACAAGUGAUUCCCAGCAACUAGAGCAGGUUGAAUCCACUGAAGUUGCGAGAGAUGAGGUUGUUAAAGGAGAAGAAAUGACAGUAAGCUUCGGUGGGUUGAGAUUUGUCUUGAUAGGAGAUGUUUCAGAACUACCAGUGUUAGAUAUGAAUGUGAGCCCAUUUGAAGUUAGAGCUAUUAACUGGUCAACUGAUCUAAGCGCUGAGAUACAUUUAGAAACCUAUGUCAACAUAUUCAACUAUUCCAAAUCCGCUUGGGAGCCCUUGGUAGAAGCUUGGCCUGUUUCGAUAUAUGCAUCGAAGACCCAAGGACCAAACUCAAAGCUAUUUUUUGAAUGUGUAUCGCGACAAGUGGUCCAAAUUACUGUCACGUCUAGAUCUGUGGCCUUAUUGUCGCAAGUGCAAUAUCUUUUAAGUAGCGACGAGAAGUUGAAACCAAGAGGUGAAGACUACCCAUUCUUGAUUGUCAAUGAUACAGGUUUAGAUUUAUCUGUAUGGACAAACGGAAAUAAGGCAGAGUCUGAAACGAAGAUCAAGUAUGGCGAAUCAAAACCAUGGGCAUUUGAAGACUGGAGAAAAAUUCGUGAAAAUUUGGACGUCAACACAUCAAACACAUUGGAUAUUGCAUUCAAUAACGGCGAGUACGAAAAUAUUGAGCAUUUAUCUGCUGCUAGGGAAGGCGAAGAUUUACACGUUUUGUAUCCAGCAGUUGAUGGUGUGCACAACAGGCUCGCUGUCGCGAUAAGUUUGCGUGAAGACAACGUCAAGGUGAUUACCCUCAGAUCAACACUUGUUAUCGAGAAUGACGCGGAUGUUCCAAUUACCGUUGAAAUCCUUGACGACAAACGGGCAGAGAUGAAGGUAGAAUCAAAGGGUACACUUUCGGUCCCUAUUGAUCUUGCAUAUAAUGGAAAGUUUAGAGUCAAACCCAAUCUACACACGUCGUAUGCCUGGUCCGAUGGGGAAAUACAUUGGAAGGAUGCUAUGAAGAGUGAGCUUUCGUUGAGAUGCCCAGCUACAACAAGAGAUGACUCAUCUGUUUUCUACUUUCAAGCAAAGGCCGUUUUUGAUCGACAUGAACCUUUGGCACAAGUGUACCCUCAUAUGAAGUUUGUCAUUUCUGCACCAUUAGAGAUUGAAAAUUUGUUACCUUAUGAUUUUGAUUAUCGUUUGUAUGAUAAGAAUUCGAGACGCGAAUGGACAGGAAGCGUGCAAAAGGGUGUCAAAAGUUAUGUCCACGUUGUGAGUUUGAAAAAUUUGUUGCUUCUCAGCAUUCAGCCUCGAAAUUGUAAUUAUAGCAAGUCGGAGUUUGCCGUCAUCAAUGGUGGAUCACGCAGUGAUUUUGAGAGAGAAAACACAUUGAAGCUCAAAGGUGAUGAUAUUUUAAAGUUGAACAUCUUUUACCCACGUAAACAAGCUGAUAGUACAAGUUUAAAAGUUAUCAUUUACAGCCCUUAUGUGAUUUUAAACAGGUCCAAUUUGAACAUAAUCGCUAGUGAAAAGGAAAACCAAUUUGUAUCAUUAGCAAAAACUAUCGACUCAGAGCAAAUAUACCCCAAAAUGUUUUCCUUUUUCAAGGUUGAUGAUAGAAAGAAUAGAGCAACAAUCAAAACCGACGAAACAGUUUGGUCCCGGCCUUUGAGUUUUGAUGCCAUUGGACAAGCUAGCGAGUUGAGACUACAACUUUUGGGUAAACAGAAGGAAAUCAAUUUAGGAGUGACUAUCCUGGAAGGUGAGGGAAUCUACAAUUUAACGAAAACAAUUACAAUCACCCCGAGAUAUGUUGUAAUAAACAGACUUCCGGAGAGUAUUAGCUUAGCAGAAGAAGGCUCCAUCAAGGAGAUCAACGCAAUGCCCGAUGCCUUGUUACCUCUCUACGGUUUGCGCUGUGUUGACAAAAAGAAUUUGAUUAUGAAAUUGGGACAAACUUCUAGGUGGUCGCAACCUUUUUCUAUUGACAAUGUUGGCCAGUUGUAUAUCAAGGUACAGAAGAAUAAUGUUGGACAAGUGUUGGUCAAAGUGACCAUGUUACUUGAAGAUGCGACUAUGUUUAUUCACAUUGAAGAUGCUAAUAAUCAAUGGCCAUACUCGAUCAAGAACUAUACUGAUGAGGAGUUUUACAUUUAUCAAAUCAACCCCAAUAUAAAUGCAGAUGGCGAAGUAGUGAAAAGAGAGACAGUUUACAAACCCAUAUAUUAUCGUGUUCCUCCAAAGAGUGUCAUGCCGUAUGCAUAUGACUAUCCGAAUGGUAUUGUUAAGGAGAUUAUUGUCAGAUCUCACGGUCGUGAGAGAGGAGUUAGUCUAGCUGAAAUUGGUAACCUUCGACCAUUCAGGUUACCAUCAACAGAUUCUCAGGAUCAACAAAUCGUUGAUCUCAAUGUUGUUGCCGAUGGCCCUACUCAGUGCUUGGUGAUCACCGACUAUGACCCGUCCCAAAGUUUAUACAAGAUGAAGAAUGAGACAGUGUCAAGCUCCUCAUUGCCGUCUAACCAGGACCAUUUCGUUGAAGCAGAUGUCGAAGACAAUUACCACACCAAGGUGGUUACAAAUUUUGAUGGUGUAGGAAUCUCAUUGAUCAAUACAAGAGACCAAGAGCUUUGUUACAUCACUUUGAGAGGAGUCGAAUUUAGGUACAACGAGUCAAAUUUGUAUCAGAAUAUCAGUGCUAAACUCAAAUGGGUUCAAAUUGAUAACCAGCUUUAUGGUGGUAUUUUCCCAAUUAUACUUUAUCCAUCUGUCAUCCCGAAAACGGGCAAGGAAUUGAAUGAGCACCCUGCACUUUCAGCAUCGGUGUGCCGAGUUAAAGAUGAUUCUCAUGGAGUGGUUUUCAUAAAGUAUGCAACCACACUCAUGCAAGAGUUGAAUUUUGAACUUGAUGAAGAUUUUUUGUUUGCAAUGCUUGAUUUUGUCAAGUUUCCUGGAGCUUCAUGGAAUAAAGAACAAGUGAAUAGACUUUGUGAUGAAAAUUUGGAUAUACCUGAACCCCUGAAAUUGAGCAAUAGCAGUGACAUUUACUUCGAAGCUUUGCAUUUGCAACCGAUCCAAGCGAAUAUCUCGUUUGUGAGGACAGAAAGACUCAAUGCUGAAGACAAGACCAAUAGUCAAAACACGGUGAUGUUUUUCUUGAAUAUACUUACAAUGGCAAUUGGUAAUAUAAACGAUGCACCAAUAAAGUUGAACGCUUUAUUUAUUGAAAAUAUUAGAGCACCAACACCAAUAUUGGUGGAGUCAAUUAAAACCCAUUAUAGUCAAGCAUUUUUCUACCAACUUUACAAUAUUGUCGGUUCGGCUGACUUUUUGGGUAAUCCAGUUGGGUUAUUCAACCUUCUUUCUUCUGGUGUGAUGGAUAUCUUUUAUGAACCUUAUCAAGGUUAUGUAUUGACCGAUAGUCCACAGGAGUUAGGUAUAGGUUUGGCAAAGGGAGGUCUCAGUUUUAUGAAGAAAUCAGUGUUUGGAUUCUCGGACUCUAUAGCCAAGGUUACAGGAUCUAUUGCCAAAGGGUUGACAGUGGCAACUAUGGAUUCCAAGUUUCAAGAACGUCGUCGUUUGCAAACGCGCAGAAACAGAGCUAAUCAUGCAGUGUAUGGUUUUACCACAGGAGCGAACUCGUUUAUAGAGGCAUUGUCAUCAGGUAUUGGUGGUAUCGCAGCUGCACCGUUGGAAGGAGCCGACGAAGAUGGAGCGGCUGGAUUUUUUAAAGGUAUUGGUAAAGGAAUUAUUGGCUUGCCCACAAAGACGGCCAUUGGGUUUUUCGAUUUUGCUUCUAAUGUAAGUGAAGGCAUCAGGAAUACAACCACUGUUUUCGAUGGUGAAAAACUUGAUAGGAUUAGGUUACCACGGUAUAUCAACCCAGAUGAGGUGGUUAGACCGUACAAUGAAAGAGAAGCUCAAGGUCAGUACUGGAUGCACGGUAUAGAUGGCGGUAUCUUUUGGAACCACACUUACUUGGCACACUUGUUGCUUCCUGGAGAUGAAAUGGCAGUAUUGGUGACAUUGAGAGACAUCGUUUUGUUUGAUAUCAAUACACUCAAAUCGAGAUGGGUUGUUAGGUUUGAUCAAAUUAAAUCCAUUUCGGUGGAAUCUACGGGAUUGACUAUUGAAUUGAAAAAUAGAAAAGGUCCAUUCAUUCCUAUACCCGAUCGCAAGAGUAGAACUUAUUUGUAUCAGAAGAUUGGAGUUGCAGUAAAGGAAUACAACAAGUUUUGCCGUGUCACGUUAUAG